CCUGCAAUGGGAAAGAGAGAACCUACUAAAGAGCCUUAUUCUGGCCACUCUAAUAGACAUUUUAAUAAUUCUCCAGGGAGGGAACACUGAACUCCUGCUUGUGAGAGAAACACAGUUGGACCGAUAUCUGCCCAUGGAUGCUGGAGACACAUUAUUGAGCGGCAGCCUCCUGGUGCUGUUCUGAAUGGACAUCCAUUAAACAGGCAUUUCACAGCAAACCGAGGGUGGCAUGGCUAUAUAGACAUUUGCUGGUGAACCCCUGACAGAAUAGUCAUCUAUCAUUGUACUUGUGAGAGAAGUAUUCCUGAAUGUGCAUUUAAUCAUUAUAAUCUGCAUGUUUCCUGGUAACUGUCCUGGGAGACACACAACAGCAAACUAUCUCAUAGCAACUGGCCAGAAACUGCAGUAACAACAGGCCACUCCUAUGUACUUUCAGACCAGUGUUUGGCAACCUGGGGCGGUUUCUAUUUCCUGAUGAGAGUGGACUAAACCCAGCCUAUUAACUGGCCUAUGCUGUGUUAUCAGGGUCUGUUGCAGCUACUCCUCAUUAUCCAUGUCCUCCCGAAGAUGGCAGUCCCAGAAAUCCUCCCAAUCGAUUGGCAGCAUCAACAACACGAAUGGUACCAGUUAUGGAUCACUGGUGAGACACAACACAGAACUGCUAAAAGCUGUCAAGGAGUUGGAGCACACAUGCAUAACACUUAGAGAGGAAAAUACUUUAUUGCGGAAGAGCAGCUCUCCCGAGACAGAGGAGAAAGUGAAGCGACUAAAACGGAAGAAUGCGGAGCUGGCCAACAUUGCCAAGCGGUUAGAGGAGAGAGCCAGGAAACUGCAAGAAGCCAACCUCCGAGUGGUGAACUCUCCUGUCCUAGCUAAAGGCUCCAAUCUGGAACAUUACAAGAAGGCCUUUGCCAGGCAACGUGCCAAAGAUCUUUCCGAACAUGCUGAUAUCAUCCUUGCCAAGGACAAACAGAUUGAGGAACUGAGGCAAGAAUGUCGUGAUCUUCAUGAAAAACUGGAACCAUCAAAGGAGGCUCCUGAUAGGUUGAAACAGAGUGAUUUUGAGCGGGUGCUGAGAGAGUCUCAGAAAGAAGUGCUGCGGCUACAGAGGCAGUUAGCUGUGGUGUCUCAGCGAGAACCUUCCCACCAGCACAACCUUGGGACUCCCACAGUUGGAAUAGAAUUUGUGCAUCCAGCGUUAUCCUUGCAAGUGACAACAGAGUUCAGCAGAACCUCAGAGGGAACAGAAUUAUGUAAAAAACGGAAAGAAUGUGAGGGCCAUGAGGAAGAGAUAAAGAAACGCCAACGGAUAUGUGAGGAUUUGGAGAAUGAGCUGAAACAAGCCUGGAGUGAGAAUGCACGGCUGACUGAAAAAACCAUUAGACUCAGCCAAGAGGCACAGGAGACUGAAAAGAUUAAAACCCACAACAAUGACCUGAGAGCGACACUCUCAGUGGUAACAGCCGAACGAGAUUCAUCUCUGAAGGAGAAUCAGCGACUCCAAGCCAAACUGGAGAACCUAGAGCAGGUCCUGAAGCACAUGCGAGAGGUGGCAGAGCGCAGGCAUCAGCUGGAGUUGGAACAUGAAGAAGCAUUGACAAUUCUUCAGGCCAAGCAGCAUGAGGUGGAACGACUACAACAGGCUCAAUUUGAAGCCAAGAAGGAACAUGAAGGCGUGGUCCAGUUACUGGAGAAUACCUUGGACUGCAUGCAGGCUAAGGUACGGGAUUUGGAAGAGAAAUGUCGAAGUCAGAGCAUGCAGUUCAGUCUUCUCUCCCAGGAAUUGGAGCACUUCCGACUGCAAGCAGGAAAUAUUGACUUGCUAACGAGCACUCUUGUGAGCACGGAAGCACCUGGAUUGUUCUCCCGUGGCCAGCCACUGCUGCCAAAUGGAGUGGAAUCACCAGUGGCUAAAGAUGUGGAAAGUGUUCCUCUACCAGUUCCUCAGCCAGUGCAGGAAGAAGAGAAUCAGGAAGAGAAGCCAGAAGAUAAACAAGAUGAGAAACAAGAAGGAACACAAGAAGAAAAACAAGAAGAGAAACAAGAGCAGCAAGAAGAGCAGGUUGUUUGUGAAGCAAAGGGUCAAACAAUCAGUGUCGCCCAGCAAUCUGAGGAGGCAGAAACAGAAGUUGGUUCCAUCACUGGCAAAGUUGGAUUGGAAUCAACACAUGGUUCCAGCAGAGGCACUCCCAAAACAGAGUCAGCACGAAGUACCCCAAAGUCUUGCAUGACUCCAGAGAUUGAUACAGCCAGUGAAGCUGAGGAGUUGGACAUUGACAAUGUCUCAUCCAUUCCUGAGCCUGAGAGCAGAGUAACGGCAAAAUUGAAAGUGUUCAUCGCGCGGUACAGUUACAAUCCCUUUGAUGGGCCCAAUGAGAAUCCAGAAGCAGAAUUACCCCUAACAGCAGGAGAAUAUAUUUAUGUAUAUGGGGACAUGGAUGAAGAUGGAUUUUAUGAAGGAGAGCUGAUGGAUGGGAGAAGAGGAUUAGUCCCUUCAAACUUUAUUGAGCGUGUAUCUGAUGAGGACAUGUUAACGUUUCAUCCUCCGGAAAUCAAUGAGCUGUCUCAUAGCUCAUUUCAGGAGAUAAGUUUCCAUAGUGGCAGUGAGAAAAGCCUUUCGCUGAGGAAGAACAGCAUCGAAAAGCUGGAGACCUCCAGCCUCCAUGAGGAGCUCAGUCUGCAUGGGUCACAAUUAAAGCCAGAUAGCCAUGUGAGCAAUGGUCUUGUUCUCAAUACCGAAGAGGUGGCAGAAUACGAUGAGGAUGUGGUGCCUUACCCCAGGAAACUGAACUUAAUUAAACAGCUUGCCAAAAGCAUCAUUGUCAGCUGGGAGUCCCCUUUGGUGCCCGGGGGUUGGGGUACAAUAUUCAGCUAUAAUAUCUAUGUGGAUCAAGAGCUGAGGAUGAAUGUCAAGUUUGGUUCACCAACCAAAGCUGUAAUUGAGCGACUAGAACUUAAUUCUAAAGCUUAUCGCAUCUAUGUGCAGAGUGUGACUGACAAAGGGAACUCCGAUAUCAUAUGUAGCAGCAUGCUAGUGGGGAAAGAUGUCUGCGUUGCUCCUACGCAGUUGAAAGUUCAGACUAUUACCGCAACCUCAGCGGACAUUUCUUGGUUGCCAAGCAACAGUAAUUAUACCCAUGUAAUUUUCCUCAAUGAGGAGGAGUACACAGUGGUGAAAGCUGGGAACUACUCCUACUCCCUGAUGAACCUGAGGCCGAAUAUGAAGUACAAGGUGAAAGUGGAGGCCAGACCACACCAAAUACCAUGGGAACUACCACCGGAUCGACGGCAGCUCAAAUGCACAUGUACUCAGUUCUCAACCUUACCAGGAGGUCCUCCAGAUGCCCCACUGGAUAUUCAGAUAGAAGCAAGCCCCAGUCCUGGGAUUGUGUUGAUCAGCUGGCUGCCAGUGACUAUAGAUGCUGCAGGGACUUCAAAUGGCGUGCGAGUCACUGGAUAUGCUGUCUAUGUUGACGGGCAGAAGAUUAUUGAGGUGGCAUCACCAACAGCUGGUAGUGUGCUAGUAAGAUCCAGCCAGAUUCAGCUUCUUCAAAUUUCUAAGGAGCUCACAGUUCGCACCAUGUCUCCUUACGGUGAAUCAGCAGACUCUAGCCCUGUCAGAAUUCCUCGAACACUGUUUACAUUCCCUCUGCACUCUGUGCCAUUACAGUCUGCCCCUGAAAUAUGUGAGCAUCCUGAAGACAGUAAUUCAGUCAGGAAACAAUUGUCCAUUGCAGAUUUUAAGGAUGAAUUUGACGAUCUGACUGAGAUGGUCUCUGACAAAGGUCUCAACUGUCAGAGUGCCACAAGCUAUAACGGAAAAGAGCAGGGUGGCUAUCCAACUGCUUUUAAAACUCCGGGUCAGGUGGUUGAUGUGAUGCCAAAUUCAAUAAGUGUUACUUUCGAAGAACCAGCACCUGUUCAAAGAGAAAAUACCAAAAUGGAAGAAAAUGUGCAGGAUGGUGCUGCAGAUUUACGACACUCUUGUGGAGUGGACAAGUUUGAGGAACAACCAAAAGAAGAUGUAGAAGAUUUGGAAAAUAGUCACAUGAAGAGGCCAGUUGGUUCACUUGAGGAUUUUCUUGUGAACUUAGAGAAGGAGGAAGAUCCUGAUGUCAGUAACACAUAUACUAAAGAAGAUUCUGAUGAAAACAUUCUGGAAAGUGAUCCAAAUGAGCAGAUGUUACAGACCACCAAAGCUAUAGAAGCAUUAGCUAGAACCAUUCCACAAGAGUCAGAUGACAGUGUUUCUCCAAGUAAUACCAGGAUGACAUCGAUUGAGGAAUUUCUGAUUAAUUCAGAGUUUAAUCAAGAAAAAGCGCACAUUCCAGAGUUGGGGCAGGUCAUUGAACAGAGUCAGUUCCAGUCUGGAGACAUUCCUCAGCAGGGCGAUAAUACGGCGAACCACGAGAGUGAAGAUUACCCUCUGGACAGCAGUCGGGGCUCUGACCUCUCGGACAUCAUGGAGGAGGAUGAAGAAGAACUGGGAUCCGACACACAGAUGAAUGAAGAAAUUCAACAAGAUUGCAGCUUGAUCAGGGACACCUCACUAAAGCAACCUGAGCAAUAUGAAACUGAUAGUGAUGAGGAGUUUCUGGAGAAAAUUCUAGAGCUUCCUCUGCAGAAACGAUACAGUAAGAAACUAUUCAGCAUUCCUGAAGUAACAGAGGAAGAGGAGGAGGAGGAGGAGGAGGAGGAGAAGAAGCACCUGGAGGUCAUCUGUAACAACAGCCAGGGUGGUACCAAAAACCAGCAGGAAGUAGAAAAAGUCUCUGUCCACACUCAGGAGAAAGAACAAUUAGAGGAACAGGGUCAACCCUUUGAGUGUGUACAGAACACUUCUGAAAACCAUGGAGAGACUGAACAGGCCUUGAAAUUUGGUACCAAAGAUCAGGAAUUGGAAGAGAAACCUACCCCUGAUGUCAGUCAGAAUAUCAGCAAAAAAGUAGCUGAGGAAUUUGUGGGUUCUACUGUUCAACAGAAUGAGUUGAAAGCUAAGGGCUUGGAAGAGGUAUCAAUAUCUGACUGCAUCUCUGACCAGAGCAAUAAUCAGGAGCCGUAUGAAAAGCAACCUCUCUACACAAAGGCUAAUGUCAAAAGCAAAGAAUGGAGUGAAGAGACAAGUGGGUGUGCAUAUCAUGGUGCCGAGAUUCAUCACAUAUACCCCCAGGAAUAUAACAGGUCCCACCAAGAGGAAGAGACCACAGUAGAAUAUGUGCAUGCCAACACCAUUGAUGAGUCUCACCUAGAUGUUGCUGAAUGUGUAGAGAAACCACAACCAGAGGAGGAUGACAGGGAUGUUUCAGAGCCAGAUGUUGUUGACUUAACAUCCAUCUUAAAGAUGCAAUCGCAGACAUGGAUGAGGUCCACAGAUCCCAGAGAGGUGAAUGUGGCAGGAAUUGGGAAUCAACAUUACAACAGGAGGCAGCAGGUAACUCAUGAACACUUAGAGAUAGAUAUAGAGUAUGGCACUGAGGAGGAUGAAGAAAUAGUGACAUCCAGCUUGCACUUCUGCCCUCAAGUCAUUCAUCCAGAACAAAUGAGAUCAAGUUUGUGGUUUGGCAGCAAGACUAACAGAGAAAAUGCAAGUGAGUGUUCAAGGUUCUGUGAGUCCGUGCAGUCACAUGAACAGAGGCAGACCUAUGAAAAAGGCGUUAUUUUUGAUUCAAACGCCAGCAGCACCAAGUCUCUUCAUCACCAUAAGAAAAAGAAUAAGGCUGCUUUCACCAGGAGAUUGCGACAUUGUGAACGAAACAAGUUACAAGGAAGGAUAGCAGAGGAGGCUUGGAAGUUGGAGUCUUAUGAAUUGGGAAGGACAAGGGCAAGGCCUGAGGAUUCAGCAUGUUCACGGGGCUUUACAGUAAACACAGACUCAGUAUCCCAUGGGCUACCUGACUCGCCUGCAGUACGAGGUGUACAUCUCAAGGAUAGCCCGUCUCUGAAGCUUCGCAGAGGAGAACUGUCCUCUUCUAAAGCUUCAUUAGUAGAGAGUUCGCGAAGUCGAGAGACUCCAAUCUUGGAUGGAUACAACGAGAGAAGCACAAAAGGGGCAAUAGAUAGCGGUCUUGUUCGCAUUUUCGUGGCUCUAUUUGAUUAUGAACCUGCGACAAUGUCACCAAACCCAGAUGCUGCAGAAGAGGAGUUGGCAUUUAAAGAGGGUCAGAUCCUUAAGGUAUUUGGUGAUAAAGAUGCUGAUGGGUUUUACCGUGGAGAAGCCAAUGGGCAGACUGGUUAUGUGCCAUGCAACAUGGUCUCUGAAAUCCAGGUGGAUGAUGAUGGAAUAGUGGAGCAGCUAUUACAGAGAGGUUAUCUGGCUCCCAGUAUGUCCAUGGAGAAGCUGGGCAGCCACAUGCUCUCUCAACCGCCACGCCGCACUGCGCCUCCUCCGAAACCAAGGCGAUCCAAAAAAGUGCAGUCCAACAAGUGGGAGGACACUCGAAAACAAGAGCGGAGUCGGCCUGGCAGUGGACAACAGAAAUUGCCAAUGAGAAGAAUGGUGGCUGUCUUUGACUAUGAUCCCAGGGAAAGCUCUCCUAACGUGGAUAUUGAGGCUGAGCUGACAUUUAGUGCUGGUGACAUCAUUACAGUUUACGGGGACAUGGAUGAGGACGGCUUUUAUUACGGUGACCUAAAUGGACUGCAUGGGCUUGCACCAUCCAACUUCCUGGAGGUGAUACCUGGAGGGGAGACAGUGGAGGCAGCUGCUGGGAAUAUCAUGUCAAGACUUUCUCCAACUGUAGCACACAAAGAAAAACAGCUGAGCUCGGAUGAAACUGCGGCUCCACAGCCUAUGGUGCAAGAAACAGACUAUCCUGCUGUUACAGGACUGUGUAUGGACAAUCAGGGAUGCAGUGAGAACACCUCCAAUAACAAGAAAAAAAAGGGUUUUUUUUCCAAAGGAAAAAAACUGUUCAAAAGGUUGGGAUCCAGUAAAAGAGAGUAACUCAAAAAUGGGAUCCUGGAGCAGCAAGUACUCCUACCUGGGAUCCAGUAACAGAGAAUGAUCUGAUCUUGAGUCAGGUAUAGGUGUAGCUCUGACCUGGUUUCCAGCAGCAGAGUAACUCCUACCUGGGAUUGAGUAAUGGAGAGUAACUUGCAUUCAAUCUCUAGUAAUAGAGAAUUACUUCAUCUUGAAUCUAGUAUAUCAAUUCAGACGAUGAAGCACCUUGGAAAUGAUUGGAAACUGAGUGGAAUUGUUGACAUCAAACGGGAUCACACUCACUGCAACAGAAUCCUGACCACGGCAAAACCUAAAGAAACUUCCACCAUCUCUUUGCUGUGAUGGAAAUAAUGAUUGAUUGGCGAGAAACUCUAACCUGCACUGAGUAGCUGUUGAGCAUUAAUCCUAUAAAAUUAUUAGAUGAGAAUGCCUUUUUACAAAUGGUAAUAAUUACAAACCAUAAAUUUUCAGCCAACUUGAAAUAUCUAGCUUCGGAUCACCUCAUUUGUAAUUGUUAGAAGACCUAUCACCAUUAUUGUUCAUGCAUUGACACUCCAGUUAAGAGCACAGAGCUGUUCUAUUCAUGACAAUAUUGUUUAAGAUUUGCAGAGAUAUAAAUUUCUGCAUUUCAUUAACCUCAGAGUUGGACAGGUAGUGCUUGAGUGAUAAGAGAAUUGUGGUCUAACCACCAGUUUGUUACUUGACGGAGUCUCACUGGUCCAUGUCUUUCCAGAGUUACACACUGGUGAGCUCUAUACCUUGUUAUCAGCAGUGACUUAUUGUCUCGAGUUGUCACCAUUUAAUAAGUUCCCAAAAUGUUACUGGUGCAGGGCAGGGAUUAUGAUCAGGGCCGAUGUUCACUGAUGAAAGUGACUAAAAUGUUUUUAGAAUGGCUCUAUUUCAUGAUAUAUCGAAGAAAAUGGGGGUAUAUUAUUCCGUGACAGAUUUCAGACUUCUGAUGUCCUGUUUGUAUGUUAGAAAUUUACUAACAGACUGUUUAAAGUCUAGUCCAUUAGGUGCAAAACUAGAAGGUAGCAACUUUGCCUGAAAUCGCUAGUGUGCAAUGUGUCCAUGUAUUUUGAGAUCUGAUCCAUUAUAUUGCUACAGGUGGGUAAUUGGAAGGUUUGUCCUUUGCCUUAUUCAAGAAAGACAGCUUAAUGGAUUUCUAAACAUGCAAAACAGAUUUUCAGAUGCCAAGCCACAAUACCCUGCCAGUUUUCAGCUGACACCCUCAGUUUGUGCACAUUUACACUGUGCUCCAGGCUCCUGAGCAGCUGUCAAACAUAAAACAGAAACGUAUUUUCAUACCUUAAAUAAUUGCCAUCAUGUUUAAAUUCUUGCACGCCACUUUGUAAUAUACAGUCAAGAUUUUGUAAAGAAGAGUUUAUAUGAUUGUUUGUGACAUUUAUAAAUAUUUUCACCUCUUGUUU